AGAGGAGCUGAGACAUCCGUCCCCCUACGAGAACCCUCCUGGGUCAAGCAAAAUGAAUUAUCAAACAUCCACUCCAUACUAUGACAUUGAUUAUGGGACGUCAGAGCCCUGCCAGAAGGUCAAUGUGAGACAGAUCGCCGCCAGGCUCCUGCCUCCGCUCUACUCACUGGUGUUCAUCUUUGGCUUCGUGGGCAACGUGCUGGUCGUCCUCAUCCUCAUAGACUGCAAAAAGCUGAAGAGCAUGACUGAUAUCUACUUGCUCAAUUUGGCCAUCUCGGACCUGCUCUUCCUUCUCACUAUCCCGUUCUGGGCCCACUACGCUGCAGACCAGUGGACCUUUGGAAAUAAGAUGUGCCAACUUUUGACAGGGCUCUAUUAUAUAGGCUUCUUCACUGGAAACUUCUUCAUCAUCCUCCUUACCAUGGAUAGGUACCUGGCUAUCGUCCAUGCUGUGUCUGCUUCAAAAGCCCGGACAGUCACCUUUGGGGUGGUGACAAGUGGGAUCGCCUGGGUGGUGGCCGUGCUCGCCUCUUUCCCCAGGAUCAUCUUCACCAGAUCCCAAAAAGAGGGUUCUCGUUUUACAUGCAGCCCCCAUUUCCCACCCAGUCAGCACCAUUUCUGGAAGAACUUCCAGGCGUUGAAGAUGAGUGUCUUGGGCCUGAUCCUGCCCCUGCUUGUCAUGAUCAUCGGCUACUCGGCCAUCCUCAAGACCCUGCUCCGUUGUCGAAAUGAAAAGAAGAGGCACAAGGCCGAGAGACUCAUUUUCGUGAUCAUGAUUGUUUACUUUCUUUUCUGGGCUCCCUACAACAUCGUCCUUCUCCUGAGCACCUUCCAGGAAUUCUUUGGCCUGAAUAAUUGCAAUAGCUCCAACAGGCUGGACCAAGCAAUGCAGAUUACAGAGACCCUCGGGAUGACCCACUGUUGCAUCAAUCCCAUCAUCUAUGCUUUCGUCGGGGAGAAGUUUAGAAGGUAUCUCUCCUUGUUUUUCCGAAAGCACAUUGCCAGACGCUUCUGUAAAUGCUGCCCAAUCUUCCAGGGAGAGCUCCCCGACAGAGUAAGCUCAGUUUAUACUCGAUCCACCGGGGAACAGGAAAUCUCUGUCGCCUUGUGACCUGGACUAGGUUUUUGUACAGAGCCUGGGGGUGGGAGUAGUGCUUUUAAAAAGGAAGUUACUGUCAUCUAGGGUCUAAGGUUCAUUCACCCAUCCGGCAUCUCUUUUAAGUAUAUUAGAUCAUUUGAAGCCAUCGCUUCCGGAGAGUCAAAUUGAUAUACAUUGAUGACAUAGCAACCUUCUCAUGUCCCCACCACACACAUCAAUUUAUUGGCAAAUCUCCCUUCAUUGCAA